AUGCGUGUCUCCUCUGCUGCUGUCGUCGCCUCUCUGGCUGCCGGUGCCAUUGCGACCGAGUACAAGACCGUGGUUGUGACCGAGUACGCCACUUACUGCCCCAAGGCCACUUCUCUGGCCGCUGGUCCCGGCACUGUCAGCCAAGGCAACCCUUCUGCUGCUCAGCCUACCACCGUCACUAUCUCCGGCACCGCCUACACCUACAGCACUCCCCUGGUCACCUCCACCGUGACCCACUGCGACAAGUGCUCUGCCACCGCUGCUCCUGCCACUGAGACCGGCGCCGCCGUUGUUACUGGCUCCGGUGCCUCUCCCAGCGCGGGCUCCGGCUCCUCUGGUUCUGGCUCCGGUUCCGAGGCCUCCCCUAGCGGUGCCGACGCCGUUGGUACUGGCCCUUCCCCCAGCUCCGGCUCCGGAUCUACCCCCGGCUCUACUGGCUCUGAGUCCUCUCCCAGCGGUGCCUCCUCCGGCAACACCGGCUCUACCCCCAGCUCCGGUUCUGACUCCGGUUCGGAGUCCUCCCCUAGCGGUGCCUCUGCUGUCGGCAAUGGUGGUUCUCCUAGUGAAGGUUCCGGCUCCUCUGGCUCCCCCGGCUCCCCCGGCGCUGGUGCUUCCGCUCCCAACGGACCCACGGGAGCUCACCCCCAGGGUGCCAAGCCUACCCCCGGACCCAGCGGUAUCUUCUCUACCCGUCCCGUGAUCCCCUCCGGCCGUCCUUCCUCCUCCAAGCCCAUCCCCUCCGCCUCGGCCAGCCCCGUCGCCAGCUCCAGCUCUAGCUCCGGCUCCAGCUCUAGCUCCGGCUCCAGCUCUUCCUCGGCCACCGGCUCUUCCCCCGAGGGUGUUUCUGCCCAGGGCACCGGCUCCAACACCGGUUCUGCCACCAGCCCCUCCGCUCCUGUCUUCACUGGUGGUGCUUCCCGCGCUGCCGUCGGUGCCGGUGCCGGUCUUGCCACCGUCUUCGCCCUCGUCGCCUACCUGCUGUAA